GGAGCCCGACACCGUUCCCGCGCCGCCACGAUGAUCCCCCCGAGCGGCGCCCGCGAGGACGGCGUGGACGGGCUGCCCAGGGAGGCGCCGAGCGCCCAGCAGCCGCCCUCUCCGGCAUCCGCCAGCGGCCAGGAAUCCAAGCUCCAGAAACUAAAACGAUCACUUUCUUUCAAGACCAAGAGUUUACGGAGCAAAAGCGCUGACAACUUCUUCCAGAGAACCAACAGCGACGCGAAGCUGCCGGCGGACAUGCUGGCUGAGGUGAGCCCCAGCUCCAGCCCUCUCCCCGCGCCCGGAAGCCUGGCGUCCACACCCACCAGGGCCGGCCUGCACCCAGGGGCCGGCGGCAAGGCCCACGCCUUCCAGGAGCACAUCUUCAAGAAGCCCACUUUCUGUGAUGUCUGCAACCACAUGAUUGUGGGAGCAAACGCUAAGCAUGGGCUGCGCUGCAAGGCCUGUAAGAUGAGCCUCCACCACAAGUGCAUGGAUGGCCUAGCACCCCAGCGGUGCAUGGGCAAGCUGCCAAAAGGGUUUCGGCGUUACUACAGCUCCCCCUUGCUCAUUCACGAACAGUUCGGAUGCAUUAAGGAAGUUAUGCCCAUCGCCUGUGGCAAUAAGGUGGACCCCGUGUACGAGACCCUGCGCUUCGGCACCUCCCUGGCCCAGAGGACAAAGAAGGGCAGCUCCGGCAGUGGCUCUGACUCGCCUCACAGAACCUCUACUUCCGAUCUUGUGGAGGUUCCAGAAGAGGCUGAUGGGCCGGGAGGCGGGUAUGACUCACGGAAACGCAGCAACAGCGUGUUUACUUAUCCAGAAAACGGCACUGAUGAUUUCAGAGACCAAGCAAAGAACUUAAACCACCAGGGAUCUCUUUCCAAAGAACCUUUACAGAUGAACACCUAUGUUGCCUUGUACAAAUUUGUACCACAGGAGAAUGAAGAUUUGGAAAUGAGGCCAGGAGACAUGAUCACUCUUCUUGAAGACACCAAUGAAGAUUGGUGGAAAGGAAAAAUUCAAGACAGGAUUGGCUUCUUUCCAGCCAACUUUGUUCAGAGAGUACAGCAAAACGAGAAGAUUUUUAGAUGCGUCAGGACCUUCCUUGGGUGUAAGGAACAGGGGCAGAUGACGCUGAAAGAGAACCAGAUCUGCGUGACCUCUGAAGAAGAACAGGACGGCUUUAUCAGAGUCCUCAGUGGAAAGAAGAGGGGCCUCGUCCCCCUGGAUGUCCUAGAAAACAUCUGAUUGCUGGCCCCGCUGCUCUUGCAGUGGACGGGCUCCGCCGGGAUGCCUCAUCUCACACUGUGUCCACACAGAGGAGCUGCCGCGCUGACCUGCCCCCCGGGGAACAGGGAGACAAGACUCACGAGUCUGAGACUGGAGUUCCAGCCACAGACAGAGGGCCCAUCUCACAGCACUGCCGGGCUGCCCGUGGCGGGGGCGAGGCUGAGCUGAGCACCUUGCAGAUGGCUUGCAGGUGGCGGUGGUGGCGGGGCAGUAGCCACAGCUGUCCCUGAGGACUCACCUCAGUCCCCGACCAUGUGAUGUAAGUUAGCUGGCUGGAGUGUGUCCAGCUUGCAGUGUGGACCCUGCACAAGGCUCAGAUCCCCGUAGCCAAGUGUGAUUCUGGUUCCAGACAUGUGUCCCCAGUCCUGGCCCAUCCACAUCAUCACAUUUGCAGUCUCGCAGUCUCUGCAUCAGGAAGUCCCACUUCCCAGAGCCCAGCAUCCUAGGGCUCCACUCAGCCCCUCCCACUUUGCAAUUGUGCUGUCUAUUCUGUCCUCUGAGUCAGUCCUGCGGUGCCCUUGAGAUGUGAGGGCUGAGCUAGUGACACCCACCACCGAGAGAGACCUGAUCUGCCAAAAGGUGGCCCACAGGCAGUCCCUGCUGCCUCUUUAGUUACAAACAGAGGUGACAGAGCAAGACACAAGGCACAAAUACAGAGGGAAAAGUGGAGGUAAAGUGGGGCAAAGAGCCCUACUCAUUGAAGAUUAUCCAGGCUUUUCAGUUAUGAAAGUAUUUCCCUGAGGAGAUGGACCUGAGGAAGAGAAUGGGGCAAAAGCUCUCAGCGAUGAGCCCUGUUUCAUUUCACAACCCCUGUACUAGGGGCAGCAUUUUCCCUUGUGCCAUCCUUAGGGCCCCUUUCAGAGGCUGAGCCCACCUUGCAGAGAACCAGGGACAUGGAAGAGAACCAACCACAUCUUAGGAGAAAAGUAGCCAAAUCCAAAUCCAUUCUUUUUUAGGGCACCAUAUUAGACUCUAGCAGAAGAAAGAUGGAAAAGAAUCCUUACUGCUUCAUCCCUCAGAAAGUAGAGGAACCUGGGGCCUAUUUAGCAUUAAGUAGGGGAGUCUCUCUUACUUCAUACUCGUACUGAUGUUUACAAGCAUUCAAUAUACUGUGAUGCCUUCCUCCACAAGCCUCCUUCUAGCAUUCACACUUGCAUUUGAUUACUUAGUCAUUAAUGUGGUUGAAGUUCAACUCACAAUGACCUUGGAAUCAAUGUCAGCUCGAUUUAUUUUGUUACAGCAUAAUAAAAGCAUUAGAACAACUGGUUUUCAAAAGACUUCAGGGGGUGCAUCUUGUGCAUGUCAGCAUUACUUCCCAAGCCCUCGUAUCAUAAGUCUCCAGCCAUUUCUUUUGUUCCUCUCAGCAUGAUGUUGGGAGCCAAGAGAGUGGGGCUGCUGGAGUCACUGUAGUUUGGAUGCCUUAUAUCAUUUGGAAGCCAGCAUCCAGAAUUUCCUCCCUCUUGGGCACAACCUGCAAAACUGAGUGUAUCGAGUCAAGACGGGUUCUCCGAGGGCCCGGUGGGUAAUGGGACUGCCGUUCUCUAAAAUGGACAGCCAGAUUGGGUCCAAACACUCUCUGCCUCUAAUUCUGUAUUCCAUUUAAUAAAACAACACCGUGCUGGAAGGAGCAUAGAACACGUGUCCUGAUCUCUUCUUUCUGGUAGAAUAUCCACUGAGGUUUUUUGGUACAGUGGUAUCAUAUCCUAGGCAAAUGUAACUUGCGUUAAAAAAUCAGUUGGCCUUUAGGCGCUGAGUAGAAGGAGCCAGCCCCCAAGGUCCCCCAGGGAUCUCAGCCUCUUGAUAUGCUUGCCCUUGUGUUGCCCACUCCCGCACUCAGUCAGGGCUGGUCUUAUGUGACCAACAGAACACAGCAGAAGUGAUGUGGCAUGACAUCUGCAUCUGGGCCAAAAAGUCGUUGCAGCUUCUGCCAUGCUCUCUGGGAAUGCUCACCCUUGAAGCCCGAGCCACCCUGUAAAUGUACCAACUCUGAGGCCACCACGCAGGAGAGGCCGGGGGACAGACCACACGUUUCUACAGCUGAGAUCCCAGACAUCGCAGGACCACAGGCAUCCCUGCUGGGCCUGCCCAAGUGAUGGCUUUAUGAACAAAAUAAAUACACUUUGGCUUUUAA